CCACCACCACUUCCUCCUCAUGCCCAUGUCAUCGCAGCUAGGAGAACAUAUCAUAAUGGUGACAAAGUUCGUAUACAGUGUCAAAGUAAAUUUGAAAUAAGAGGAUCUGAGGAAAUUCAGUGUGAAAAAGGAAAAUGGACAUCACCCCCUAUUUGUAUAGGAUCUAUAAAUAAACAGGAAUCUGAGCCAACAUCACUCGAGCUAGAUGCAGCAAUAAGGACAAGCAAAACGUAUCACAGUGAAGAAAUGAAAAUACAGCAGAGCUGUACCUCUCCACCAGUGAUUAAAAACGGUGUUCUUCUUAGCCCUCUAUUGCUUAGCUACAAAAAUGGUUCUUCAGUAGAAUACAGUUGCCAGCUUUACCAUUUUUUGGAUGGACCUAGCACUGUUUACUGCAAACAAGGAAACUGGACAGAACAGCCGACUUGCUUAGAUCCAUGCAUUCUUAAUGUAACUGCUAUAAACAAUAACAACAUAGAGUUAAAAUGGAGACGGGAAGAAUUAAUGUUCCUACAUGGUGACCUCAUAGAGUUUGAAUGUAAAGAGGGAUAUGAUUUUCCCCAGACUACCCUUCUGUCUCCUGGGAGGACGCAGUGUAACCACGGGAGACUGACAUACCCCAAAUGUGUCCUUAAAGCUCCUAUGGAAAAAUGUGACUCUCCACCUUCUAUUGCAAAUGGAGCUCUUACUCUCCCACCCCUUGCCCAGUAUGAGAGUGGUUCUUCAGUUCAGUAUAGUUGCUAUGACUAUCAUUUCUUGCAAGGAUCUGAGAGAAUCUACUGUUCUGCAGGCCAGUGGACUUCACCACCGGUUUGUAUAGAGCCAUGCACUUUGUCAAAAAAUGAAAUGGAGAAAAAUAACGUGCUGCUGGAAGGGUUUUAUGAGAACCAAGUUUACUUUUACCACGGGGAUUAUGUUGGAUUUUACUGCAAACAGAACCAUUUUGGAGAAGAAUCUGGUACAACUUUAUUUCAAGUGCAGUGUAAGAGAGGACAGCUAGAGUAUCCAAGAUGUGUCAAAAGAGGAAAAUAAGUGUGAACUUCAGGAACGUUCAGAGGAAAGGUAAGAAGUCUCCAAAGGACAUGGCUCAAGGGACAAGAAAAGGAGAAAGCAUUUGAAGAGAAUGCGUGUAAGGGAUGAAAACAUGUAAAAUAUAGAAAUAUGUGAGUUCCACUCAGUAGUUAAUAAUUAAUCUUAAAUAAAAAGUCAAGCAAACAGCUUUAUUUACUAUUUGAGAACAUGUCAACUAUUCAAAUGAUCCGCUGUAAGUACUUUGUAGGAUUCCUUUGAAACUUGCACGUUUGUACUCUUGGGGCUCUGGCCUGUGAGAAUGUUGCAUGGCUGAAGAUCCAGUGAAAAUUCAGGAAUACAGAAAAUGCUUGCCUCACGUUAAUUUUGCAAAAUAAACACAGAAAUGCACAGUGAUCUCCU